AACAUAAUUAUGUUAAUUUUUCGGAAUGAAUUUAAAUUUUAUAGCUUUAAUAUUUAUCUAUUGUUGUCUAAGUCAGUAAAUAGCAUAAUCCUUUUUAUAUCCGUUUUUUUAGCGUUCUCUAUUAGAUGUCACUCAUUUUCCCUACAUAAAGUAAAAUUUAAUUGUUUAGACUAAAAAUAAAUUAAAAAAUAACAAAACAAAAACGAUCACAGUUUGAUAAAUUCAUUAUUGUAAGAUGCAUUAACUCAAAGGCAGUGGAGACUUUUGUGUAGGUUUCAAAAUCGUCUCGGGUCUCAUUGCUCGCACCUGGCUCAGACUCUGUGUAUUUCUUAAGAUUUAUCCUUCCCUAAAGCAUAACAGCGUAUUUCUUCAGACCUUUUCACGAUGGAAGGCGACUCGACGAAAGACAAAGAAGUUGGCAAAGAACCAAAGGAAAAGGACGCAUCUAAGAAGGAUGAGACGAAGGUCGAUGAAGAUACCUCGAAGCCGUUCUCAGGAAUUCCCGAAAUGGAAUUUCUGGAUGAUGUAGAAUCUUACAUGGAAAGCUCAGGCAUCAAUGGGAAUGUCGAGCUUGUUUUAAAGAAAUUAGAAGAGCAACACAGCAAAUACAAAUUCAUGGAAUUUAACCUUACAUCGAAGAAAAAUAGGUUGAAGGUGCAGAUCCCUGAUUUAGAAAGGUCUAUUGACAUGAUUAGAAUGUUAAUGAACAAGAAGGGCGAGACAGAGGAUUUCGAAUUGAGCUUUCUCCUCGCAGAACAAUGUUAUUUAAAAGCUUCAAUUCCCCCAACGGAUAAAGUUUGCCUGUGGCUUGGGGCGAAUGUCAUGCUCGAGUACCCGUUAGACGAAGCGAUUGAAUUGUUGGAGAAAAAUAUAUCAAACGCGAAAAAGAAUUUAGAACGAGUUGAAAAUGAUUUAGACUUUUUGAGGGAUCAGUUUACAACAACGGAAGUCAAUAUGGCGAGGGUGUACAACUGGAAUGUAAAACGACAAGCAGGAGUGAAAGCAGCAUCUUAAUUUUGUUUGGAAUGUAUUAAAUAUUACACCAAUAAUCAUAUAAUUUAUUUUUUCUAUAUAACUUUUUUUUUGUUAUAAUCACAGUAAAUAUUCGUUUUAAGAGUUAUGUUAUGCUUUUUGUCAUUAACUAUCUUACAAGUUUAAAUAUAUUUUAAAAUAUAAUAUAGAAUUA